AUGUCUUCAGGUGUUUAUCAACCAAAUAUAUUCGUAAAAAAAGAAGAAAAACCAUUAUUAGAUGAAAGUUUAACAACAGUUGCUGAUCGACAAAUAUUUUCAAUAAUUGAUCAUUUAAUGGGUUCAAAAAGAAAAUGGUCAGGUAUUAAUAAUCGAUUAAUUCCAAGUGAUGGAUCAGGAAGAUUACCAGGAAUGGGUUCAGCUGGAAUGGCACCAGAGGAAUUACGUUUUGUAUUGGGUAUUGGUCUUGGUGUAUUUACAGCAAGUAUUGAUCCAAUGUCUACGAUUCAAACAGCAACACCAGGUGCAACACCAACACUAAAAGAUGUUUGGCGUGAAAUGCGAACUAGAUCGUUGAGUUAUGCUAAAAAUUUUGCAAUUGUUGGUUUAGUUUUUAGUACAGUUGAAUGUAACAUUGAAUCUUAUCGAGCAAAAUCUGAUAUUCGAAAUGGAACUUAUGCUGGAUUUGUUACGGGUGGUUUACUAGGACUUCGUGCUGGACUUCAAGCGAGUGUCAUUGGUGCAGUCGGUUUUGCUGCUUUUUCUACAGCUAUUGAAUAUUUUCUUUUGAAUUAUCAUUAA